GCCUCCGCUCAUUACCUCUGCUUUCCCCUAUUGCAACUAUUCUGGCAAGAAAAAUUCUGAGAUCCUAAAAUGCAGAGAACGGCGGCAACGUCACCCUCUACCAAUGCUGCUCCUGAGGGCGACUCUGCAGGUGAAUCUGCAGAGAAACAUGCCGCUCCCUGGUUGAGCCUGGACAUCAUACCUGCAGAGUGGGACAUACUAUUGGCGUCGACAUGUUUCAAGAUUCUUCUCUUCCCCGCCUACCAUUCAACAGACUUCGAAGUACACCGAAAUUGGCUCGCCAUAACACACUCCCUUCCGUUGUCCAAAUGGUAUUACGAUACUACAUCCGAAUGGACUUUGGACUAUCCACCAUUCUUCGCAUACUUCGAGAAGUUGCUCUCAAUCCCAGCUUCACUCAUCGACCCGCACAUCGUGGACUUGAACAACCUCAACUAUGAUUCGUGGUCCGUUGUGGCGUAUCAGAGAACGACGGUCAUCCUGACAGAGUUGGUGUUGGGUGCUGUACUUUUGAGAUUCGUUCGUGGAGCCGUUGAUCCACCUACACAACGCAUCCUGUCCGCCUCACUCUUCCUCCACCCAGGCUUUCUGAUCGUGGAUCACAUACAUUUCCAGUAUAACGGGUUCAUGUUUGGGAUAAUGCUUCUAUCUAUAUUGAUGGCACGAAACGGUCACAAACUAGCCAGCGGUUUCUUUUUCGCCGUCCUCCUCAACUUCAAGCACAUCUACAUGUACCUUGCCCCCGCAUACUUCGUCUACCUCCUCCGCGCCUACUGCAUGUCACCACAAGGCAGCAUCCUACCCACCCGCUUCAUCUCUCUCGCCAACACCGUCAUACUCGUCUUCGUCUUCUCUUUAGGUCCGUUCGUUCUUAUGGGUCAACUACCACAGUUGCUUUCGAGGCUGUUCCCGUUCACGAGGGGGUUGAACCAUGCGUAUUGGGCACCGAAUGUCUGGGCGUUGGUCACUGCGGGCGAUAGGGUUUUGUUGCAAUAUGUGAAAAGGUUCGGCGGCGAGAUUGCGGUAAACACCUCUGGAGUGGCCUCGACGUCUAGGGGCCUCGUCGGUGACACCGUCUUUGCUGUGAUACCCAACAUCAAGCCCAUCCACACGUUCGUCGCCACUGUGGCUUUCCAGAUGGUCUUCCUCGUCAAACUCUGGCGAACCCCGACCUAUAAGUCCUUCCUCACCGCACUCACACUAUGCGGCUACACUUCCUUCAUGUUCGGCUGGCACGUACACGAGAAGGCUAUAUUGCUAGUCCUUGUCCCUCUUAGCUUAUUAGCAGCGGAGAACCACCCUUUCUUCAGGACGUUCGUAAUUGCGAGCAUCGCAGGCAUAUUCUCGUUGUUCCCUUUGUUGUUCACACCAGCUGAGCAAGCGGUGGAAAUCAUCUACACCAUCCUCUGGUUCAUCGGGACCUUCGUUCCCCUCCAUCGACGGAUAUACGAAUUCCCGCGCUCCAUGCCCGGUGUCAUCCUCAACACGCUCGAAAUGGUCUACAUCGCCGGCUUCACCUUCCUCCAAAUCUUUAUCAUCUUCUUCCCCAUCCUCGCACGGACAUUCCUCUCCGGUGCCUCCUCCUCGAACAGUGCGAACAAUACGUACACUCCCGUAGCGGACGGCGGAGGAGCGGUUGCCGUGGACGUGAAGGACAUGGAUGAUGCGGCGGCGAAGUGGGAGUUCGUGCCGUUGAUGGCGACGAGUAUAUAUUGCGCGGUGGGCUUGGUGUGGGCGUAUUUGAGGCUGGCGUAUUUGUAUGUGGUGACGAUGUGAGUUUGGAGAGUCGAGAUGUUUUCGAUGUACACACUCUAUUCAGUGUUGUCUUUACGCGGUUAUUUCCU